AUGAGUCUAGUUCAGCUAUACAAAAGAGCAAAAGAACUCUUUCCAUUUACGCACACAACUGCACCACUUGUGCACUUCCUGACACGCCGUGCAACAAUUGAUGAAGUUGAAUAUAAGACUGAGCCUGUCAUAGCCAUAAGAAAAUCCAGGCGACUACAAAACGAAGAAGACGAGGAUCUAUUAAUUAAAAAAAAAUCCAAGAAGAAAAUUCAUUAA